AUGCGGCCGAUACCUUAUCCAUCUGCCUUGCUCGACAAGAGGCUGCUCGUUGCGAUCCCCAUGCGCCCCACCGAUACGAUCAUUCACACUGCGCCAAUGGCUCUCCAUCGAAGUUUGCGACAACAGAGACAGAAGAAAAGUGCUGGACCAGCAAAGAAUGGUGGCAUCGGUCGGCGGACGGAAUCGGGCGGACGCGGUGGCGGUUCCCGAGACCGCAGAAAAAAAGAGCUGCCCAAGCUACUGAACCUCUGCGAAACAGCAGAGCCAGCCGACUUGGCACCCACCAUGCGCAAUUCAUCUGGUCAUGAAAGCGCAUGCUGUGCUGGUGGGCGUCUUGGAAAAGAGUCGACAGCGUGGAGAGAUGGCGAGUAG